AUGUCCAUCCAUAUUUUGCUAUUUGCGCUGGUCUCUGCAUGCGUGGGGUUUGCAGCUAUAGUUGCAGUGAGGAGGCUCUUUGGGAUACGGCCGGAGGCAGGCAAACAGCAGCCGGAGACGCAGACGUAUCCGGUUAUUCCGUCUGAGGGCAUGAUGCACUCUUUUUUGCAGGGCGUUGGGGGGCUUAACUGCCCGUUUCACUGCAAGGAAGACCUUCUCGUGGCGAAUGGGAGUGCGAUGUACUACUUGAUAGAGGGCGCGGUGGAGGUCAUUUUGAAUGGGGCAGUUAUAAUGUGCAAAACCCAGGACUACUUCGCAUACUCUGCGUACUGGCUGUUCAAUCCCUCGCACAGGACGGAAAUAACGUACCGGAUCCGGCAGGAAAGUUUUCUCUAUAAAAUCAGCCCUGAAGAUCCAACUGUCAGAUACCUGCUUUUGAACAGGCUUUUCAAAGGAGUCAUGCACACAAUCGUUAACUACGUGGAGGAAGAUCUGUCUGGAGACGUGCGCACUGUGAAGGGGAGCGUGGAAAGCCCGUCCAGGGAUGUUUUGGGGGUUAUUCGGCAGGAGAUGGAGCUCCUGAAAAGUGCGAAAGUCUCCGAGGAAAUCGAGAUUGAAGGGGCAGAGUACGAGAUUCCUCCAUGCACGCUCGUAUACAUAGUGGAGGGAUCUGCCUCUGUGGAGUACUCUGGCGGAAGGUCUUUGGGCGUGCAGGGAAAGAGCCUGGUCGGGUGCCUGGAGAGGUUUUUGCCGUUGGAAAGCAGGCGAGUGAUUCGCCCAAAGUCCAAGGUUCUGGCCGUUCUUAUAAAGCUCUUUCCAACCGUGGAGACAGACUGCACGUCUCUGGAGAAAGUGGGGGCAGAAGUACUGCAGGAAUUCCCGAGUAGGCUGCACGUAGAGCUGGCAGAUGCCCUGAUAGGCUGGCGAAUACUCCAGCCAGGAGAGAAGAUGUCAGCAGAUCUUCCCACAAAAUCGAUCAAAUUGAUCACUAACGGAUACUUCCUGAGAACGGGCGAUGUAAAGUAUUUCGGAGUAUCGAGCAAAAAUGCACUUUUUGAGAAGGAGGUGCUUUUGGAGCAGGAGUCCCCGUUUGAGCUCGUCUCAACGCGCCUCUCGGAGAUCGUGGAGAUCCCGAAGGAGUACGUGGGCACCGUCUGCGAGCAGUUUCAGCCCCUCUCCUUCCGCCUGUACAAGAGAAUCCUUGGGCGCACGGGGGAGGACCUGGAGCUGGAACAGCCCUCAAUAAUCACUUUUGUGCCAAAUAGCCCGAAAGAGACGCAGCUGGACGUGUUCACGCACUUUCUAAGGAAGGAGAUGCAGAAAACCGACUCCUGCUACAUCCUUUCCUCCGCGGAGAUAGAAAAAACGUUCACUUUCAAGGCCCCGCACGAGUCAAGGAUAUGCGAAAUCCUGCUUUUGAACUACCUGAGAGAGAUACAGAG